AUGGCGGGGAAACAAUCACUAACUGCAAAAAGAGCAAAAAGACAGAAUGGUACAAGGGAAGUAAGAUCCGAAGUAUUCGAAGAUUCAGUUGCUAGAAACCAACUAGCCAAUGCAUCAACUUUAACGGAAAAGUCAACUACAAGAAAACCUAGCAAACUACAAGUUAAAAAGGAAAACUUUAAGGCUCGUCUAUAUGGUAGUCAGAAGAAGAAAGAAAAACAUUACACGGAGAAAGAACUUAACAUCCCUUCCCUAAAUAGAGCGAUCAUACCUGGUGUGAAAAUUAAGAGAGGUAAAAAGGGUAAGAAAUUCAUAGAUGAUCAUGACCUAAUAACGUUGAACAGAUUAAUUUCCACAAUAGGUGACAAAAAUGAUGAAGUUACAGAGAGUAAAUUGGAAAAGGCAAGAAGGCUUGAACAGAUCCGUGAUUUGAGAAGACAAGAAAUAGAGAGAAAAGAAGCCCAAAAGAAAGAGCAAUUAGAAGGCGUAAAGGAAGAUAUCAAAAAGAAGGCUUCCGUUGCAAGAACUUUGCGUAGGAAAAAUAAACGUCAAGAAUUAAAGGUUGAAUCUAAGAAAACUGAACCUGACUCUGGCAAGAAGAAAAAAUCUGUGAGCUUUGCCUAA